UCGACGCGAUGUUUACAUUAUUUAUUUCUGUUUCUUUUGACUUUCGUCUUUUGCCGAGCCGGUCUAGGUUUCGACUUCCCUUUGGACUUUCGUCACCGGGAAGACUUCGCACCACUCAGCCACAGAGUCUGCGAUAGGCAUCAAUUCUCCGAUUCCCUUUCGAAGGUCCAAGAAAAAUGAAGGACCUGAUCAAAGUAAGUUGGGCCGACGAGGUCGAGGACCACUUGGAGAAAACAACGUUGCCGCAACCAAAGACCGAACAGGUAGGUAACAACCGGAUUAUAACAGAAUACCGGUGGAACAAGGAUGACAAGAAGGAAAAGGUGGUGCGCACCUACAAGAUCGAAAAACGGCUAGUGUCCAAAACGAUAGCUGAACGGAAGACGUGGCCCAAGUUCGGUGACUCGCGCAACGACAAGCCGGGUCCAAAUAUUGCGACAACCAUACCUGCCGAGGAAAUACAGAUGCAGUUCUUGUCUGGCAAAGAUGGAGACAAAGCAGAGGAGAACCCGUUAGACAAGCUCAAGAAUGUAAACAUGAACAUCAAGUGUCGUACCUGUGGCGGAGAACAUUGGUCUUUCUCAUGUCAUCUCAAAGGCACCGGAUUGAUUGUUGAGGACAAAAAGUUAGUGCAAGAGAAAGUGUCAGAACCAGAAAAGAACACAGGAACUAACAGGCCUUACAUCCCACCUUCAGCGCGAGAAGGAGCUACAAAUACCGCUGGAAAACGAGACCCAUACUCUCGUGGUUAUGAUGAGGUACCAGCUAUUCGCAUUGAAAAUCUUUCAGAGAGCACGUCAGAAGCAGAUUUGAGUGAACUGGUCAAUAAAUUUGGGCAGAUUGCUAGAAUUUUCUUGGCUUCUAACAAGGUUACAGGCGCGUGUAAAGGCUAUGCAUUUGUAAAUUUCAAAUCUAGAAUGGAUGCCGAACGAGCAAUUAAGGGCUUACAUGGUUAUGGAUAUGAUCAUUUAAUAUUGAAUGUUGGUUGGUCAACAAAUAACUAUAAAGCUGCAUAAAAUUUGAAUACAUGUAAUCUAUGGAUUUUAAAAAUGUUUAAUUGUUAUAUAAUAUAAUAAUAAUAAUUUAAGAAGUCCUGUCA